AAUACACUCACCCCCGACUUUUUACAUAUAAAUAUAAAUAACCCUAUUUUUUAUUUUCCCACUCACAAUCCCAAAACCCCAAAAUUCCUCUCAUCACAACUUCCCUUCUCUUCUCUUCUCUCUCCUCAACAAAAUAAAAUAGUGGUAGUCGUAGUAGUAGAAGAACCGUUAACUUCCUCCACCAUGGAAGCGGGGUCAACGAAGAAGAGAGAGAGAGCGGAGAAGCCGUACAAAGGGAUAAGGAUGAGGAAGUGGGGUAAGUGGGUUGCGGAGAUUCGAGAACCGAAUAAGCGUACAAGGAUAUGGUUAGGAUCGUAUUCGACACCGGUUGCGGCGGCGCGGGCGUACGAUACGGCCGUCUAUUACCUCCGUGGACCGUCUGCGCGGCUUAAUUUUCCCGAGUUAUUGAUGGGGGAGUGUCGUUUAAGCGAUUUAUCAGCUGCUUCGAUCCGAAAAAAGGCUAUUGAAGUUGGUGCCAGAGUUGAUGCUCUUGAGACUGCUUUUCAACGCUCUAAUUCUAAUCAUAGCAUCACUCAUAAUAACACCAACGCCAACAGUAACAGCAGUAUUAUUACUAGUGCUGCAGUUGAGGACAGAGAAAGGAGUCCUGGGUUUUCUGGGUGUGGGUGGGUUGUCGAUGAAAAACCCGAUUUGAAUAAGGUACCCGAACCUGAAGAUUCUGAAGAGUGGGAUGAUUGAUUGAUUGAUAGAUAAGAGGAGGGAGAAGAAGAAGAAGGAGAUGGAAAAGAAGAGUUUUCUUUUCUCUUUCUUUUUUUUAAUUUAAUUUUUAAAUAGUCGUCGAUAGAGAGAGACAAUCAAAUAGCUGAGGGUUGCGGCUGAGGUGUGGAUGUCGGUGGCUGCGACGGAGGAGAGAGAAACAGAAAAAAAAAACGUAAUUGCUACUUAAUCCCCUAUAAUUGCAAAAUUUUAUGUGGGGCCACGUUAAAAUCCACUCGUUUUUCUCUCUUAUCUUUUGUUUUUUUUUAAGAUUUAAGUUAGUUUUUUCUUUUGGGAGAGGCAUAAUGGAAAAUAUUGUAAAUACUUGGGGUAUUUUUGUUAAUUUUAAUAUAGUAUUUAGAAAUUAGAAAUUGCCUUUUUAA